GCCGCCUGGCUUCCUGCAAGAGGAUCCGGGCAGCGAGAGCAGCAGCAGCAGCAGCAGCAGCUCUGGCGAGAGCCUACCUUGCAUCGCGAGUGCUUCGCACGAGCUCUACAUGGGCUUGGGGCAGCAGAUGUGUACGCCGCCGGGGCAGAUGGCCGAGGGCCUGGCUGCCGAGGGGGUGGCUGCUUGGGAGACGCCCGGAGGGCCCUCGGAGGGGAAGUUCUCGAGGUAUUCCAUGAGCUACCCCCAGGAAGCAGCUCCUGAGCUCCACGUGGUGGCCGGUCAUCUGCUUGCGGCAGAUGCCUUGGCCGCACGGGUGGCAGAGCUGGAGCGCUGGCACGCACAGACUCCCGAGGACGGUGAGGGCCACGGGAGUCCCGCCGGCACGAGCCCUUUCCAGGCUCAACUGUACAAGCUUUCGCAGGAGGUCUGCGAGUUGCAGGCCCGGCUCCUGUACUCCCGGCUCUACCACGAACUCAAGGACGACGAUGCUGCGGAAAAUGCGCAGCACGAAGGGCAGGUUGACUUUGAAGCGGUCGACCAGCAGCUCCGCGAUCUCGAAGACCAGGUCCGCCUGUUGGAGGAGGCUGUCGCCCCGGAGGCAGAGGCACCGCCCGAGUCGACGUGUCGUCCUUCGGAGCUCAACGAGGCGCUGGUUCCGCAGAAUGUGCCACAAAGCCAAGACGACCGCGAGAUGCUUCUGGGGCUUGGGGAGGAGUGCCUGGCGAGUCUCGCCGACCGAUUGGAGCCCCUCGAGAAGGCUUUCCGACUUGUGGCGGAAUGCUUCGGCCACCUCGGUCCAAAAGGCCUCAUGUCAUCUUUGGAGAAUGGGCGCAGCGACGACGAGCUUGAGCAGCUGGUUGCCAAG